AUGCCUCCAAAAGCGCCUCCACCCAGGCCUCGUGCUGGCCAACACCGGAGGCCCGCCUACCGGGGCCGUAUCGAGGGUCUAGGAAGCCCAGCGCCCAGCUCUUUACGCGCGACCACACCUACGUUUAUGCGAGCAUCCACACCAGUCUUGACCCGAAAGCCCGGUGCAAAGACCAUGAAAUGUUCCAAUCCUACCUGUCCAAGCCCCCACAUCGUCGAAAGCGAACAAGGCCUCAUCUGCGACACUUGCGGUGCUGUCGCUCAGGAGGAAUCAGGCCUCGUCUCCGAACAAGGAUUCGGUGAGACAGAGUCCGGCCGUAUUACCGCGUUGGGUGUCCAUGUCGGCGAGUCUCAGACUCAUCAGCGAACCUACGCCGCUGGAGGUGCCUUGGGAAAUGCUGGCCGCGAGCCCACUAUCAACCGCGAUCGAUCCGAAGCACAUGCUCGAACUAUCAUGCUGUCAUACCAGUCUCUUCUUGGUGUUAGACUCGCCGAGGUAGAGGCCGGUAUGCAGAUCUUUAAGCUGGCUUGGGGCAACUCCUUUGUCCAGGGCAGAACCAUCGAUAGCGUUGCUGUGGUCUGCCUGUAUUUGGCAUGUAGGCGCAAACACGAGCAAAUCCGGAAUGAACGCCGGCCCAUGUACAGUCUCAUGUUAAUCGACUUUGCGGAGAAGUUGAAUAUUGAUGUCUUUGCCCUGGGAAAAAUGUACUCGGACUUGAUCCGCAGACUCUACAUGCAGCCUGAUGGAAGUAUUCAGGGCGAUGUUAGCGCGGAUCUUUUGGCAAUGGGACCAGAAGUUUUGGUCAGUCGGUUCGUUGAUGAACUCGAAUUUGACAGAGAACAUCGGGAUAAGAUCAAGAUGGAUGCAAUCAGGAUUGUUCAACGAAUGAAACGAGACUGGAUGUCGACUGGACGGCGGCCCUCAGGCGUUUGUGGCGCAGCAGUCAUUCUUGCAGCCCGGAUGAACAAUUACCGUCGCACGACUAGGGAGGUAGUUUUGACGGCCAAAGUCACCGAGAUCACCAUCAACAAACGCCUUGAAGAAUUCCACGAUACUGCCAGCAGUCAACUCUCGAUCAAGCAAUUCAGGGAUAACGACAUCCUCGACGCUCUGACUCCCGCAGACCCACCUUCAUACCAACGAGCACAUAAUCCCAAGGGAAAGAAGAAGAGAGGUCGACCGAGAAAGCACCCCCUGCCGGAAACUGCUGCUGAGAUAGAGGGAGAUACCAGCGCACCUGAACCGGCCGGUCCUGAAGAAGCGGACAACGACCAACCUUCGGCCAAACGCGUUCGACUUGAUGCCGACGGCUACAAAAUCCCAGAAAUUCCUGUAAGAAAAACACCACUCGACGCCUCUUCUACUCUCGAUAGCUCGGAGGAACCUCAUUCGCCUGCCGACGAGGAGUCCUCAGACCUUUCGCAGGAGGGUAGGCGAGCCCCAGAAGCUCGAAACUGGAAGGCGCCUCCUGUGUCUGCAGCUGAACUCGCCAUCGAAACAGAAAUCGAACAUGAUGUCCUUGAGGCACUGAGAGACAAUCCAAACAUUGUCACAGGCCAACAACAUGAUCGGUCGAGCACAUCCGCUCUUAUUUCAGAGCCAGAAUUAUCAAGAGACGACGACCUCGCCGCCAUCAUCCCUAUGACUCCGCCUGGCAAAAACAAAACCCCCGGUCCAGCCGUCGACACGAGCGAUGGGAACCUUGGCUAUGUCUCGCUAUCACCCACCAUUCGCCCGGAUGAAUUCGACUCGGAUGAAGACGUCUCGAGUUGUCUGCUCAGUGAAGAGGAAUCCCGUAUUAAAGAGCGAGUCUGGGUCAGUAUGAACGCGGACUGGUUGCGCCAGGAUCACGUGAAGCGGAUCAAGCGCGAGCUUAGAGAAGCGGAAAUGCGAGCACAGGGCCUUGAUCCAGCCAAAGAGGCGCUGAAGCAAGCCCAAGCAAGGGGAAAGAGAAAGGAUGGGACGAAAAAGCCAGGACGGAGAGGCGAUGUAAGCUAUUUGAAUGAGCGUGACGGAGAGCGCGACAGGGCUGGCGAAGGAGUCGAGGCCGGCGCUGAAUCGACCGCUGCAGAACGAGAAAGAAGUGCGGCGGAGUCGGUACGCAAAAUGUUCAAGACCCGUGGCGUGUAUUCGAGGCGUGUGAAUUACGACGUCCUUGACUCGAUCUACGGCCUGACUGGUGGUGAUAGCCCAUCGGAUGGGAGCCGCAGCCGCAGCCAGAGUGUCGCGAGCAUGGCCCCAGGUCUGGAGCAAGGAGCCAGGGAAGGCAGUGUAGCCAGCACUGUCGCUUCCAACGCAGAAGACGCAGGUAUCGGGGUGGGCAUCUUCCGCGGCAAUGGCGGACGAGAUGGAACGCGGCUGCGAAGUAAGGCCUCUGUCGCGGCCGAGAGACGUGAGAGGAAACGCAAAGUUGAGCGUACGAGUCGAGAAAAGGACGCAGAUGAUGCUCAGGGCGAUAGGUCCAUGUCGAGAAGCCGGAGUCCGACAACAGCCCUUCCUGACACUGGUGCAGCGAGAGGACAGUCGGCUGGAGACAGUCCUGAUGUCCGGCACGGGUCCGAGGCAGCCCCGGAGCAGCAUCAACUUGUAACUCCUGAAUCGACACAGACCCAAGAGCUACCCUCAGUGUUGUCGUCAAGUACAGCUCCCGUUCCAAGCUCGACGUUGCAUGAAACAGCCCCAGAACAAUCAGAUGGAGCUGGGCACGACGAAGGCAUCGGGACAGUCCCCGGUACAACGCCUCGAGGCAAUGACGACGAAUCCAUCAGUCUUUCUCGCCCCCGGGAACCUGAGAACGAGGAGUAUUACGACGAAAAUGACGACGAUGAAAACGAAGAUGAUGAGGACAGUGAUGAUGAUGGAGAAGACGAGGACGAAGAAGGGGCAGAUGUUGAGGCCGCGUUUGAAGGCAGAUAUUCCGGCGAAGGAUGGUGA